CACACGCCACUUGCUCCGGGGAGAAUGCCAGCGAGGAAGCCGCGCUCACCAGAAGUUCACUGUGGACUGCAUCAGUGUUCGAAGUUGCGCGCUCCAUAGACAACUCCGCGGUUUCCAGCGCUAGAAGCUUGAUGCAAUCUCGCUUGUCCGUCUUCACAUUUUCCUUCUUGAUGUUAUUUGAAAUUGUGACUUCUCCUGAAGAAGAAGACAUUUUUCAAGCCUUCCUUGUAAGUCACUCCUCCCUGGUUUCGGCAAGCCUUCAGCCGAUCAGGUUACCCCCUCGCCAUGCGAACACGAUCGAAUGUCUGGCAGCAGCUGUAAAUGGAUAGCUCUCCCCUUUAGUUCCAAUGUGUUUUUUACUCUGCGGGAACUGUAGCAAGAAGGGGCAUUGGGGUCUGUCUGAGAGUCACCCAAUUGGCUACGACGGGCUAUACCAGGGAGGAGCGACCACGAUUCAAAGACGAGUGUUUGGUUUGCAUCUGUCACUCAGACAUGACGUACAGUAUUUCAGAGGCUUACCUGUACAAGGUGAAUGUGUUUGGGAUUUUGUUAUGGGAGCGGAAAAGACUAUCCAUCUUGCCUGCAUUAUGGCAUAUUCUUUUUUGAUUGCACCAACUGAGCUAUGUGACAAUGGACUGCCCCUUUUAGCGAAAGAAAUACAUUUUCGGUGAGAUGAAAGCCUACCCUUGCCAUUUUGCCUUCAAUUCCACCUUCGAUUAAUGUAAAAAAGUGAACUGAUGAAAGUUAGGCUAAUGAGUUACAUUUUUGAAAUACCGGUAGGCCUAAACAUUGUGGAAUUCUGAAAUGUUCGUGUGUGUGAGUUUUUUCUUGUAAUCAUUGGACAAUAACAAUAUUUAUCACUAUGUUGCAUUUGUCCACUUUGUGCGACGCACUUUGAGGAACCAUUAACUAGGAAGCGUUCUUACCAGCGACGUUCUUAUCGGGACUAUUUGAAGAGAUGGACGACCAAGGGUGUCCGAGAUGCAAGACAACGAAAUACAGGAAUCCUUCCCUGAAACUGAUGGUGAAUGUUUGUGGCCACACGCUAUGUGAGAGCUGUGUGGACAUGCUGUUUGUGCGCGGCUCGGGGAACUGUGUGCAGUGCGACACGCCCCUGAGGAAGAGUAACUUCCGUGUGCAGCUCUUUGAAGACCCUGCCGUCGACAAGGAGGUGGAGAUCCGUAAGAAGGUGCUCAAGAUUUACAACAAGAGAGACUUUGACUUCUCCAACUUGAGAGAAUACAAUGACUACUUGGAGCGAGUGGAGGAGAUCGUCUAUAACCUGACCAACAACCUAGAGGUGGAGGGGACCAAACAGAUCAUGGAGGCUUACCAGAGAGAGAAUAGAGACAUCAUUCAGAAGAACAAGGCCAAGCUGACUCGAGAGCAGGAGGAGUUGGAGGAGCUGCUGCUGUUGGAGCAGCAGGGGAAUGAGCAGCGCAGGCUGGAGACUCUGCAGGAAGAACAGAGACAGUUACAGGCUAAGAGGAAGAGCAAGCAGGCUCUACUGGAUGAACUGGAGCGCUCUCAUGUCCCCGCCACCAUCCUGCUGGCCCAACACAAGGACCGGGCUGCCCAGCUGGAGACCCAGAUUGAGAAGCAGAAACAGGUGGUCAAAACUACCAUCUUCUCCACCGGCAUCCCUAUGGGUCAGACUGUGUCGCUGCUGACCGUGAACCGGUUAGAAGAGGUUCUGUACCACUACCAGCCCAUCCACAUGCACACAUACGGACCCCCCGUCCCUGAGCUGGAGCAGCUGGGGCGACUCGGGUAUUUGAACCACGUGCGUACUGCCCAGCCCCAGGACAUGGCUGGAGGAUACAACUCAGGACUGGCGUGUCAUCGAGCCAUCCAGGAUGCCUUCAGUGGGCUCUUCCAUCCACUGGGCUGACCCCUCAAAAACAGAGAGGAGCUCAGAAAUAUGAGGCUGUCAAUAUAAACUCUUGUCUAAGGACUCAAAUCACCACCCUGCUCUACAUUGGGGAGGGAGCCAUAGACCGCUAUGGAUGGUGGUCUAAAGUCAGACCAGGAUGUAUAUGUUGCUAUUUUUGUAUUAUCUUAUUUUCAUUUUUAUUCAAAUAAAUAUUUAAAAAACAAGC